CCCGGCCCGGCCCGGCUGGCAUUCUGCGCUGGAGCCGGCGCCCGGGAGGGAGGUUCGAGUCGUCGCGCGGAGCCGAUCGCGGCCCGGCGCGGGCUCAGCAUGGAGCCACUACCUGAGGUGUGCUGAUUGCCCAUGGGCACAACCUCCAGGCCUGCAGGCUUGGCCAUGGGCAGUGUGGGCAGUCUGCUGGAGCGACAGGAUUUCUCCCCUGAGGAGCUGCGGGCAGCGAUUGCAGGGACCCGUGGAUCACGGCAGCCGGAUGGGCUCCUCCGGAAGGGUCUGGACAGAAGGGAUCUGCUAAGCUACUUGCACCUCCCCAAGAAGGACAGCAGGACGGCAAAACGUGGCCCCCGUGGUGAACCCGACUAUGCCACCCUCUGCUACCGCGAGCACCCACGGGCUGGCGAAUUCAGCAAGACAUCACUGCCGGAGCGAGGGCGUUUUGACAAGUGCCGCAUCCGCCCAUCUGUAUUCAAGCCUGUCGUGGGCAGUGGCAAGGGCUUCCUGUCCAUGCAGAGCCUGGCGGCCCAUAAGGGACAGAAGCUAUGGCGCAGCAAUGGCAGCCUACACACACUGGCCUGCCACCAGCCCCCCAGCCCAGGGCCCCGAGCCAGCCAGGCACAGGCACGUGCCCGGCUCCUGCAUGCGCUCAGCCUAGACGAGGGAGGCUGCGAGCCCGAGCCCAGCCUGUCUGAUUCCUCCAGUGGCGGCAGCUUCAGCCGAAGCCCCGGCCCCUUCAGUGCCUCCCUGGGCCAUAUCACUCACCUUGGAGGUUCCUUGGACCGGGCCCCGAGGAGCCCCAAGGAAGCUGUGAACUGCCUACCUGAACCACCACCCCCUUACGAGUUCUCCUGCCCCCCUACAGAGGAUGUGCUCCCCGAGUCUUGCGAGAAGCUCAAUAGGGGCUUGGGAGAGGAGGAUGUUUCCAGCCCCUUCACACAGGUGCUUGAGGAGCGCCAGCAGCUAUGGCUCGCGGAGCUGAAGCGCCUCUACUUGGGGCGCCUGCAUGAGGUGGCCCAGAAAGCUGAGCGCAGCGAGCGUGUCCUUCAGUUGCAGCUCUUCAUGGCGGAGCAGGAGCAGCGGCGUCUGCGCAAAGAACUGAAGGCCCACCAGGGCCUCCUGGCCACGGAGCCCCGUCCUCCGGGCGCCCUCCCUGAGGCGGACCCCAACACCGCACGGCCUGAGGAGGAAGCACGAUGGGAGGUGUGCCAGAAGACAGCAGAGAUCAGCCUCUUGAAGCAACAGCUGCGGGAAGCACAGGCCGAACUAGCGCAGAAGCUGGCGGAGAUUUUCAACCUCAAGACGCAGCUGCGCGGCAGCCGGGCGCAAGCACAGGCUCAGGAUGCGGAGCUGGCGAGGCUGCGGGAGGUGGUGCGGAACGGCGGGGCUGAGGGCACCCCAGCAACACCGGAGGACGCUCCUGGCGGCUGCCAGACGGACGAUUGCAAGAGCCGGGGGCUGCUGGGGGAGGCCGGCGGCGUGGGCAGCAGCGAGGCUGCUGACGGGGUGGCGGAGCAGCUGCGCGCAGAGCUGAUGCAGGAGCGGCUGCGCUUCGAGCAGGAGCGGCGCACCUGGCAGCUGGAGAAGGAGCGUGUGCUGCGCUAUCAGCGCGAGAUCCAAGGCGGGUAUUUGGACAUGUACCGUCGCAACCAGGUGCUGGAGCAGGAGUUGCGGGCGCUGCGGGAGCCCCCAGCGCCCUGGAGCCCAAGGCUAGAAUCCUCCAAGAUCUGAGGCCUGCGGAGUAGAGCGCGAACACAGGAAGAAAUAAAGCAGAUGCCUCUGACCCAGCUGGUUCUGUUGGGCCGGAUCAGAGCGCCCCAGAGCGGGGUGGUGGGCUGGAGAGGCCAACGCAAGGCCCAGCCCCGCUCCCUGGAGCGUGUGGCCCAGGGAAGGAGGCUGGGGUGGAAAAGCCCCAUGUGGCAAGGGCGGGCAGGAGGGACGGGGAGGUUGGCUACAUGCUGCUGCCUCCUCCGGAAUAAAACCAUGGUUUCUA